GCCGCUUCCCUGCGGAAGUGGGGAAUGUGGCAGGGGGAACCGCCCUUCCACGGAGGUGGAAGGGACAGUAGCCAACCCGGGAAGAACCAGCAGCAAACCCGGGGAGGGCUGAGCAGACAAAAGAACAGGCAGGGUUUAGUGUCGUUCCUCCAUGAAGAGGGGGAGCGACAUAAUGGUGCCGUGACUCGGAUAUGAAGCCUAGGCAGGGUUUAGUGUCGUUCCUCCACGAAGAGGGGGAGUGACAUUGGGCAUCCCAAGCAGUGUUGCAAUUGCUGUACCAAAUGCCUGGCCCUGCUCCUCACCUUUUGAACACUCUUGCCACGCUUGGGGAAUUCCUUAUGUUCUGAGUCCUGCUUUCAAAGCCUCCCUUGCUGUAAUGGCUCAGCACAUGCCUUAGAGCUCUGCUAAUCAGAGACACCCGUACAAUUCUUCCAGUAGGAAGAACAUGAAACAAGGUGAAAAGGCUUGGCAUCUCAGCCUUCAUAUUGUGUAUGUUUGUUUUGCCGCAUUAAUCUCGGGGUCACACUGCUUCUGCUCAGCCCUGCGUGUAUACAUCAGUCACUGGUGGAAUUCUGCUUGCAAUACGAGUUUUCUGAAAAUAGGUCCUUACGCAGAGCUCUCCUACUCCUGAAGAGAUAAGGAGGUUGUACACAGUUGGUGACAUGAGUGACACAGAAGAUGACGACACUCCUCAGCUUUCUUCCCACGCCUUAGCAGCUCUCCAGGAAUUUUAUGCUGAGCAGAAGCAACAAGCUGACCCAGGUGCACAUGAUAAAUAUAACAUUGGAAUAAUAGAAGAGAACUGGCAACUGAGCCAGUUCUGGUAUAGUCCGGAAACUGCCCUACGACUCGCACAGGAAGUGAUUACAGCUGCUGGAGAAGGUGGCAGAAUCGCCUGUGUGAGCGCCCCCAGUGUUUACCAGAAGCUCCGAGAGCUGCACAGAGAAGACUUUUCCGUAUGCAUCUUUGAGUAUGACAAAAGGUUUGCCAUAUAUGGAGAGGACUUUAUCUUCUAUGAUUACAAUAAUCCACUGGAUCUACCUGAACACAUCCCUGCACAUAGCUUUGACGUCGUGGUGGCGGAUCCUCCAUAUCUUUCUGAGGAGUGUCUCAGGAAGACGUCAGAAACCAUCAAGUACUUGACCAAGGCCAAGAUUUUGCUGUGCACAGGGGCCGUCAUGGAAGAACAGGCCGCACAGCUCCUGGGGGUGAAGAUGUGCAAGUUCAUUCCACGGCACACCCGAAACCUGGCAAAUGAGUUCCGCUGUUACGUGAAUUUCAAUUCUGGGCUGGACUGCGGCCUCUAACUGGCAGAGAGUGACACAAUACGGUAAAGGCCCCGGGUGACAUUUCCACGUCGUUUUCUCUUCUCAGUCGAUAAAAAAGUUACAACCUCCUCCCCUCCCCUCCAGCUGCCCUGGCCUAAUUGUCAAAAUAAGGGACGCUGCCUCUCAUUGUUUCCCUAAGGAGGCAUCCUUGGCGCUGGACUGUCUUCUCCGAACUUGAGUUCAUGGAAUUGGAGUUGGAAGAAAUCUGAGAACCUGUCUAAUCCACUCUCCUCGUUUAACAUAAGAAGUACAGCUUCUUGGCCGCCCAGGGCCUCCUGAAUUAGACAGGACCUUGGCCUCUGCCUCAGGCCAGAGGUUCCUGUACCAGGGCUCCUUCUGACUACCCAGCAUCCUGAGACUUGCGAGAGCCCCCAGCCCACGCCAGCCCCCAGGAGCAGUGCCGAGUCUCCCUGGCACCGGCGAGUGCGUGAGUGCCCUGGGUUUCUCUCUGCUUCCCAGGUCUGUGGGGCUGACGGCCGUGUGGCUCUGAGUCAGCUGAGAAAGUAGAAGCACCACCACCUGUACACCAAAUGCCAUAGCCAAAACCAGGGGACUGGGCGCAGGCUACGUUGUCACUGCUCGGCACGUCCGUACCACGCCCGUACCCCAGAGCAGGCAGAAGGAAGGAACGAGGGUUCGCUGCAGCCUGGGGCAUCGGGUCCUGGGAGAAGAGCCAUCCCCAGAGAUCAGACUCUUGCAUGGAGAAUGGAUUCGUGGGUGGCAGGGGUCGGGCUGGGGCAGGGCUGACGGGGACGGGUUCUGUGGUGCUGCGAUGCCCGUGUCUUGUGUGUGGUGGCCGUUUCACAGAUCCACACGCAUGACAGCAGUGCCUGCCCAGCUGGCGAGGGCUGCACCAGUGCCGGUUCCCUGCUCUGCCAUUCGCUAAGAUGCACCCUCAGGCAAAACUGGGCCAAGGGAGCAACAGCCCGUCCUGUAAACACUGGCAAUGUCUUGGAAAUCUGCAAUCAUUUUAAAGUAAAAUCUUCCUCAGAACUUAAUGUCCCGGGGCCUGCUUCGCAGCAUGACGGGUACAGCUGCUGCCUGUGACACCAGCAUCCCAAUGGGUGCCAGUUGGUGUCCCAGCUGCUCCACUUCCAAUGCAGCGCCCUGCUAAUUCACUAGGGAAAAGCAGCAGAAAAUGGCUCAAGUGCUGGGGCCCCUGCACCCAUUUUGCAGACCCAGAUGAAGCGCCUGGCUCCUGGCUUCAGCCUGGCUCAGACCUGGCCAUGGCUGCCAUCUGGGGAGUGAACAAGCAGAUGUCGGCUCUGUCUGUCUCUGUGUGUGUCUCUCUCUCCCCUCUCUCUUUCAAAUAAAUAAGUGAAUCUUAAAAAAAAAAAAAAAAAAAAGCCUCAAUGUCCAUUUCUCUGGGGAAGGAUUAUGCUUCCUCAACUCCUGGGAUGCUUCAGCCACAAAAUGUGAGAGGCAGUGACCCGUGUCAGCUCCUCCCCGAGCUCCGUCCCCCUCAGACAAGUGACCUGCAGUGCUCCCGGCAGAAGCCAGCCUGGCUGUCCAGUCCUCAACUAGGGCCCGGCCACAGCUGGUGUGCAGGUGACACAAGGCGAACGGGAAAUGAGCCUUGGUAGCUGAAUGUCAAAGACCCCGGAUGCGUCACCCACUGCAGGAAAACCCGCUGUCCUGACAGACGCCGAGAGCAGGCCUGGGACUCAGAACUGGUGCUUGGGAACCGGGAAGACCUGCUGUCGUGCACAUCUUGGACCUUGGCUGUCAUACAUCUGCAUUUUUUUUUGAGACAUAUUUUUAUCAGUGUAUCAGUACCUGACAAAAAUUAAGUAUUCAUUUAAAAAAUUUUUUUUUAAGAUUUUUUGAUUGAUUUGAAAGGCGGAGUGAGAGAGAAAUGGAGAUGGCUCAUUCACUCCCCAAAUGGCUGCAACUGCCAGGGCUGGGACAGGAUCUUUGUCCAGAAUUCCCACAUAGGUGUCAGGGACUCAAGUAGUUGGGCCAUCAUCCACUGCUUUCUCAGGCUCUUUAGCAGGGAGCUGGAUCAGAAGCAGAGCAGCCAGGUGUCAAAAGGCACUCCAGUAGGCACGUGGGUGUUCCGAGUGGCGGCUUACCCCAAUGCCCCACAUCACCCACUUUGAUGUUUAUUCUUUUGAAAAUAACACCUACUUUAUUAUUUCCUUCUGAAUGGAUUGACAUGUUAAAAACUACCUAGGCCAGUCAAGGAAGGAUAGACUUUUCUCUGAAGGGAGGAGAAAACUUCCACUUUGUUGUUUAUGGCCCUGUCUAAAUACUGACUUUGUGGACUCAAGAGGCUUCCAUAGCCUAGGCAGCUCAUGACAAGAGUCUUGGAUGAUUACUGACGUCAUAAAUAAAUAAGAGUGUCAAUUGUCAAAUCAACAACAGGAGUCACUGUACGCUUGCUCCCCAUGUAGGACCUCUGUCCUUAACGAGUUUUACUAUGAGAAUUAAUGGUAAAACUUGUCUCCAAACAGUACUUUAUACUUUGUGUGUCUGUGUGGGUGCAAUCUGUACCUAUGAAAUUUGUAUUCAUUAAAUAAAAGCUUUAUUUUUUUUUAAAGAUUUAUUUAUUUGAAAGUCAGAGCUACACAGAGAAAGAAGGAGAGGCAGAGGCGGGGGUGGGGGUGAGGGUGGGUGGGACAGAGGUCUUCCAUCUGCUGGUUCACUCCCCAAGUGGCCAGAACAGCCAGAGCUGAGCCAAUCUGAAACCAGGAGCCAGGAGCUUCUUCCGAGUCUCCCACACAGGAGCAGGGGCCCAAGGACUUGGGCCAUCUUCUGCUGCUUUCCCAGGCCAUAGCAGAGAGCUGAUUCGGAAGUGGAGCAGCCGGGACCCGAAUCCGUGCCCAUGUGGGAUGCUGGCACUGCAGGUGGUGGCUUAACCCAUUCCACCCCGUGCCAGCCCCAUAAAAGCUUUCUUUAAAAAAAAAACAAAAAAAACUACCUAGGCCAAUAACAAUGUUAGCUUAAACAAACAAAAAAACGCACACACACAUAUAGAAAUAUACCAUCUGACUUGGGAAUUGUGAAAUCAGACCCGCUGUCCCAUAAUCUAACAUUUAUUUGAAGCGAGGCCUUUUUCUUCAGGGUGAGGGAGGGGGAGGGGAAGCUUGGCUCACAUCAAAACGUCUACAAGUCUCAAAUUAGGAGGCUUGUGCACUGAGGUAACCGCAUUUUUGUUUAAUAAGCAGCUGUCAAGUGCUUCAUGACUCUGGACCCCUGAUUUUGAUUUUAGCAAAACGGCGUACUCAUGUGAUCCACCUCUGGAUUUCAGAAAAGCUCUGCAGCUGCGCCCCUGCGGCCUUCAGAAAAGCCUCAUGAGGCCUGGUGUGCUCCUGGGGGCCAGUCAGGCGGCGGGCGCCCGCACAAGGUGUGCAGGCAGCCAGGCUGGGGCGAGCCUCUCCCUUUGGCCUCUGACUACGCGCCCCAUUGUGAACGCAGAUGCGGGUCCAACUUUGUGAACCUUGGAGAGGCUCCUUGGCCUCCUCCACCUCACAGAGGACUGCACAGGCCGCAGAGAACACUUACCUAGACUUGUCUGUGAGUCCUGCCCGGUCCAGAUUUGCACCCAACUAACCAUCCACGAGCCGGGAGACAGGGUGAGCAUUGCGAUGUUGCCAACAGAACCUGCAGGUCCCCCUACAACUAGCUGUUGUGGGGCAGAGGGUGCCUGGACAGCAGGAGCAGACAAAGGCCCAGGCAGCUAUAAAAUCAUUUUCACACAGGAAGCAAAAGCGCCAUUUUGCCCGUGUCCUGCUGAGAGAAAAGCAGUAAAAGCAGCAGCUUGGGUAAUUGGCCCCUGAGUGGACCUGCUUGUAUUUGCAGAAUGCCUGUUAACUGCUCCUCCCAAAUGCUCCUCUGUUUGUACAGAAAUGCAGUAAUCCUUCUACAGCCCCCGCAGCCCCUCCACCCCAGGCGUAGUCCCGAGUCCUAGCUGUAUUUUCAAGGGUCCUUGAAAACUUUCUGGAAAAUGCAUACUGGGAAAAACUAUCUGGAUUUCAAUUUUUUUUGCACCGAAAUAAACAUUUUUUAAUUUCAUUUUUCCAUGAA